GGCGGUGGCAGAGAAGUGAUGCUGGCGCCGGGGAUCCGGGCAGCGGCAGCGGAGCAGCAGCAGCAUCUCCGGGACCCUGGCUGCAGCGUCCCCGUGGCCCGCGAGCCUUCCGAGCGACUGGAGAGCGCGCGCCCCGCCGACUCAUUAGAGACACUGCAAGAACUCUUCGGUCCAGGAGCAGAGGGUUCCUUUGAAGACACAGAUGCCUUACCUCCAGAGGAGUGCUGAAGUUUUCAUUAUAAGUGAGAAAAUAUUUCCUUCAUACCCUGAAACAAGAACCUCAGCUGCUUCUGCCAGGGUGAUGACUAGAGAGAUGGCUCUCCAGUCCCCAAAGUAAGUGAUACCAGAUACAAAGGUUUCUGCAGUUUGCUAUGCAACAACUGCUCCUGGAAUGAGCGGCUGGAAAUCUCCUCAGCAGAGAGACCAUGUCUUGUCCCCUGCCUCUGCAGUAAAAAGUGGAAUAACACAGCAAGCUUGGCCCAAUAGAAUAAAGAGGAUGAUUUGUGAGGCAUAGAACCUUCAUUCAGGUUUGGAAGAAAACAAUGAAUGCCGAGAUGCCAGAUUGCUACUGAGAUCUAUGGACAGAUCCACCCUCACACAUCUUUCUCGAACUUCAAGAUUUAUUAAUAAUAUGCUGCCUCUGAAAGAAGAAAAGAAACUAGUGCCAAGAAGGCAUAUUCUUCCACAUCUGGAGUAGACCUGCUUCCAACGCAAUGGCUUCAAAAGUCUCCUGUUUAUAUGUUUUGACAGUUGUGUGCUGGGCCAGUGCACUCUGGUAUUUGAGUAUAACUCGUCCUACGUCUACCUACACUGGCUCCAAGCCAUUCAGCCACCUAACAGUUGCAAGGAAGAACUUCACCUUUGGCAAUAUAAGAACUCGACCUAUAAACCCACAUUCUUUUGACUUCCUAAUAAAUGAGCCCAACAAAUGUGAGAAAAACAUUCCUUUCCUUGUUAUUCUCAUCAGCACCACCCACAAAGAAUUCGAUGCCCGCCAAGCCAUCCGAGAGACCUGGGGUGAUGAGAACAACUUCAAAGGGAUCAAGAUCGCCACUCUUUUCCUCCUGGGUAAGAAUGCUGAUCCGGUUCUGAACCAGAUGGUAGAGCAAGAGAGCCAGAUCUUCCAUGAUAUCAUUGUGGAGGAUUUUAUUGACUCCUACCAUAACCUAACCCUCAAAACAUUAAUGGGGAUGAGAUGGGUGGCCACUUUUUGUUCAAAAGCUAAGUAUGUCAUGAAGACAGACAGUGACAUUUUUGUAAACAUGGACAACCUUAUUUAUAAGCUUCUAAAACCCUCCACCAAGCCAAGGAGAAGGUAUUUUACUGGAUAUGUCAUAAAUGGAGGCCCAAUCCGGGACGUCCGCAGUAAGUGGUAUAUGCCCAGGGAUUUGUACCCUGACAGUAACUACCCACCAUUCUGUUCAGGGACUGGCUAUAUCUUCUCAGCUGAUGUGGCUGAACUCAUUUACAAGACCUCACUCCAUACAAGGCUGCUUCAUCUUGAAGAUGUAUAUGUGGGACUGUGUCUUCGGAAGCUGGGCAUCCAUCCUUUCCAGAACAGUGGCUUCAAUCACUGGAAAAUGGCCUACAGUUUGUGUAGGUAUCGCCGAGUUAUCACUGUGCAUCAGAUCUCCCCGGAAGAAAUGCACAGAAUCUGGAAUGACAUGUCAAGCAAGAAACAUCUCAGAUGUUAGGAUUUUUACCAAUGUGUGUGUAUAUAUAUAUAUAUGUUUCUUUUCUUUUUUGAGAAAUGAGGCUGAGGGUGUUGGUAUUUUACAUGUGUCACCAAAAGAAAUGUUUUGGUGAAGGGGUUUUGUAAGGAGGUGUUUUUUUUUCCCCCUUCUUACUCUUAGUUCCUUUCUUUGAUUGCCAAUUUGCAAAUGUUAGGAUUGUGUUAUAGAAACAACAUAUGAGGUAUAGGACCUGAUUAUGUCCUAAGAUCCUGAGGCAUUGCCAUUUAUCAGCAAAAACAACUGCCUAAUGACUGUUAGGAUUUACUUACUGUGCAACUGAGAUAAAUAUCUGGUUCUGAGAAACUGAAGGUCACAAUCAUGUCUUUAUAUCAUCUAUGUAAAAAUAAUCCAAAUCAAAAACAAUUUAGAAAUGAGAUGCAGUCAGGAAGACACACUUGAUGUGAUUAUUUAUAAUGUGUGUGCUGUUGCAUUGAAUUUUUACCUAUAUUGCCAUGUAAUGUGUAAGGUAUUUUUAGUUCAACCAAGAGAUGAACUUAGGGAGGCUGCAGUUAAAUAAAUAGAAAUUGAAACUUCAGAAUCAAAUAUUCUUCAUAUUUGCAAAAUAGCUCUGCUUGCUCAUGCAAGGUUUAAGCUUGGUCAGUGGGUAAAAUGUAUGUAAAAUUCUACUUUACACAAUGAAUAAGAGUUUUUUUUUUUUUUUUGCUCUUUCAGAACAGACAUUACAUGGUUCCUCCAAAGGAGACUUUGCCAAAUGUAAUCUUACCUGCUGCCUUCCAUAAUAUGUUGAUAACUGUAUUUUUAAAAUCUGUUCAGGCAGUUACAGGUAUAGAAAUAAGUCGGUAGGAGGCCAGAAAAACAAUAAAUCACUUGGGAAAAAAUGAACAUUUAUGUGUGAAUUAUAAUGAACAUAAUCUUAGCAAUAGUAUAAGAUGUCUUUCCCACACACUUGCAAAGCAUGUGAGAAAAUCUUUAAACAGGUGUCACUGUUACUGAAUGAUUCAGCUCUAGAAUAUAUAGAUGCAAAAUUUUCGAACUUCCCAAACAGCUGAGUACCUCUCAUAACAAUGCCGUCAGGAGGUGUUUUCAAGGCUUCAGGUUUGAGGUUCUUGGGAAAAAUUGGUGGUUAGCUUGGUUGAUAAAACUUACUCACUGGGUCAUGUGAGUAGACGUUCUGGCCUUGCUGUGCUUCAAUGUGCUCAUUUAUAAAAUGACUAGGAAAAAAACACCUACCUCACAAGUGGUGUGAGAUAAAAUUGCAUUUGCUAAGUGUUUGGAGUUCCUUAGUUAAAAAGGUGCUACAAUAAUGUAGUGUAUAAUGCAUUAUGCUAAAUGCUAAAAUUGUUUCCUAAUUACAUUGGUGGUCAUUAAUAGUCAUUUACAUCAUUUUAGUGUGAAAACCUGUCAACGUAAAGAUUGAACAUGGACAUUUAGAGCAGCUGGUCUUUCUAAGAUGCUAACUUUCAUUCAGAUUAAAAGUUAGUAGUUUAAAAAAUCCACAGCUCCACUGUAAUUUCUUAUGGUUUCAAGAAAUAUUAUUUCUUUAGUGAGUUGCCUUGACAUCCAGGAUGCUUCCUGAAUGUGAAGGCAUCUGCCUUUCUUUAAGAAGAACUCUAUGGUAGAACAUCUAGUACAGUAAUUGAAGAACCUGCUUUGCAAAAUGUAUUAGUUUCAAUCUCAGGACACAUUUGAUCUGAACUCUCUUGAGAACUUUGAGAAUAGGUAAAGCUAGUCUACUUUUAACAAAAUAGGCACUCAGUAUACCCAUGCAUUGCAUAUAUACCAUUUAUUAAAACAUUUGUCUUCAGUCUAAGAAAGUCCCCACAUUGAAAGAGGACGUUUUUACUGUUGUUCUUCUUUAACCUGACCCUUGGAAACUCUCUAGAAGUUUAUUUAUCUACUGAUAAAUAAAAUUGAUAAAUGAAAGUCAUAAAUGAUUUCUUGAAAACACUGGAUCUGUCAUUCCUAUUUCUCAAUCUAUAUUAUUUUAAACUUUUAUCAGAAAUGCUGAGAAUUAUUACAAAACAGAAUUAGGUAGUCUGGAGAAAGACAGAUCAACACAAACCCAGCCUUCAGCUGCUGAGUUCCAAUCACUUGAAAAGACUCAUGACUUUGUACUUGGUUUACGUUCCAGUCAUGCAGCAAGUUAAGCCUUUGUUUCCAUAUACUUUAUGCUAGUCAAACCACCCUCAGUGUAAAGGAAUUGUACAUUAUAAAUAUCAUAUAUGUACAUCUAUAAAUUGGUGUGUGUACAUAAUGGAAAAAGCCCUACUCUUUAAAAGGAGCAAAAAUCAGAGAAUUGUAUGUUCUAAAGAAUUGUUUCUUAACUUUUUUAAUGCUAGGUAGUUCCCAUGUGACAAACAUGUAUAUAUUCAUCAAGGCCAUGUGUACAUAUUUUAAAGUCAUUUUUUCUUCUUCCCAACUCUUUGUAUAACUAGGAUUUGCUUGCUGUGUAACAUUUUCUUCUGCAUGGAGCUUGGUGAGGCAAGGUCAUUUGUCCAGUGUUUCAAUAGGCUACAGCAUGUUUUCUCCUCAUUUAUUUGAAUGUUCAAAAGAGUUUAAGUCAGAUGAUCAAGAAAAAUCUCUGAUUUUCUGCUUUGGUUAAUUGUAUGGCACUGGUCAAUUCAUGGUUUUACUUGUUUGAAAUUAAAAGCCUUUUUUUAAAAAUGACCAUUUCUCUAACUAAAAGUCUUUCAGACUGUUUUACAUUAGGGAUCAUUCAAACCAUUUUUAUAAAACCUUCUCCCUUCUCUCCAUCUCCCCAGCUGUGCUAUUCAUUAUGUAAUGGAUAGCAAAAGGGAUCAAUAACCAGUUACUGUAUUAUUAAAAUUUUAUUUUUUAAAUUUAAUUUUGGAAAAAAUGUUUAACUUGGUAGGCUAGUUUGUGUGGCUUUGUGUCUUAUUAUUGGAACAAAUGCCAGUUUCAGUACAUCAUGUUAUGUUUUUAAGUUAUCAAAAUAAAAGAUCAUUUCUGAUUUGGACUAAAUUCAGAAGAGCAAAACCCCUUUGUGUGAUAUGAUAUGUGAAAAACAAACUCUUGACAAGAAAAAUCCAGGAAGGAGUUUUUCAGUCAAAUCUCUUCUAUCAAAAGACAAUGGAAUAUUUGCAUAGAGCAUCUGGGAUUCAUUUUCUACCUUUCCUAAUAUGUGGGUUUAGUGGGGAAAUUGAUUAUGUCAUUUAUUCUGUAAAAGUGAAGAUAGUUUUUAUAAGCAAUAAAGUAACUUGUGAAUGAAAGAAGUAAUUUACUAGAAACGCUUGUUGAUGAUAAUUGACAAUUAGGUAUACUGUUAUAUAUGAAUGAUUGUAUUUAUGUAUUUAUUUGUCAAAAUUGUACAUACUAUUUCGCCAAACGUAAUUGUCUGUAAAAGUGCACUCUCCAGGUUUGUAGUACUAUUUAGGGUUACAUGGGUUGCCAAUAAAGCUGCUAAUCAGAAAACUAUUUUUUGUAUCAAUGUUAUAAAACUGAAAAAUGAUGGGUACUGAAGAUGUCUUUACAGUCAGUUUCUUCACCUUACUCUUGAAAAUGUAAACUGUUGAUUGAAAGCACGAUGCUAAUGUAUAAGCCCAUCUGUCAUGAGGAAGAUUACGGUUUCAUAAAACUAAUUUUUUAAACCACUGGGACAAAUAAACCGAAGGAGAACAUA